CCCUAACUCAAAAACUCGACUUUGCAAUUUCAAUGGGGUAUGAAUUUGGCCCCUUUUCGAGGGAGCAGCGAGAUGUGUUUCAGAGCGUUGGUGGUUGGCGCUCGGAGGCUUCGGUUGGCUGCCCGAUCUGCACCGCGCCUGGCCUGUUUCACCCUGAAGCUCUACCUCAUUCAAACCAGCGGAGGUGCGCCCGCCCUUCAAAUUCCCACACCCUCCCCACGCGACCGUUGACCGAAACGGCUUUUCUUGCACCCUUUCCAGCGGACUUGUCUCGAGAACUCUCGCGCAAGAGUCAAUCACGCACGCGUCCUGAAUACCGCGCCGAGCCCACAGCACACCGUGUCGACGCGACUGCCUGGUCUCCUCACCGCACGCCGAUAGCGAGCGAGAUCGAAAUUGUCGAACACGGCUCACAGUCCUUCUGACAUAGCGGGGCGCGAUACAGACAGACACCAUGGGCGCGUCAAUAUCCAAAAUGAUGAACAAGAUCUUCGGAUCCAAGGAGAUGCGGCUGUUGAUGCUGGGGCUGGAUGCUGCCGGGAAGACGACCAUCCUCUACAAGCUCAAGCUCGACCAGGACGUCACCACGAUCCCCACCGUCGGCUUCAACGUCGAGACCGUCACGUAUAAGAAUACGAAGUUCAACGUCUGGGACGUCGGAGGCCAGGACAAGAUCAGGCCGCUGUGGAGACACUACUUCUCUGGAACACAAGGCCUCAUCUUCGUCAUCGACUCCAACGACCGCGACCGCAUCGACGAGGCGCGAACGGAGCUUGCGCGCAUCAUUCAGGACCGAGAAAUGAAGGAUGCGCUGCUGCUGGUAUUUGCAAACAAGCAGGAUCUGCAAGGAGCCAUGCGGCCGAAGGAAGUCUCGGACAAGCUCCAGCUAGAAAAGAUCGCAAAGGAUCACGUCUGGAAAGUCGAGCCCAGCUGCGCGACAACAGGAGAGGGCAUCUUCGAGGGCCUGGCAUGGCUCUCCAACAACGUGAAGCUCCCUCCCAAAUAGAACCCGCGCUCACUCCCUCCCUCGAUCCUCCGUCUCCUCUCCAUCUGUACGACUGCAUGCCGCAUCAGCCUUCCCCAUUGUUCUGCAUAUACCCGGUUCCGUUCCCGGUUGGCUGGUUUUGUAAUGGACCCUCGUUUCCCCCUUAUAUCUUUCUAAUGCCUGUAUCCCGGCGUCUCGUCGACCCGGACCUUUUUCUUCGCUUCUUUUCUUGAUUCUGAGUGAGCGCGGGGUGGAGAUACCCUCGGUUUGGUUGGACUGCCUUUUGUUGUGUCGCACGAAACUCCCCCUUUUUUUUUCUUGUAGAUGUUGGCGCUGAGCUGGGUAUUCUAAAGUUGCGAAUCGGGUAAGCGUGUCUUGUCUGAAUAGGAAUAGAUGAUUAUAUGGAUAUGUGUACCAUGG